AUGUCUUUAAAUAAUGGAUUUCCAAAUAAAAAAUUAAUAGAUCUUAGUUGUGAACUUGUACCAACAGCGUUGGACCUGAAAGUUCAAACCUCAACGAAAGAAUUUAAACACUUUGAUACAGUAAAUGGAGGAGGAGAGUACAAAUGUAAUGAAAAUUAUGGUUUUGAGACAAUAUUUGACACAACCGAGGGAGAUGAUCUAAUAGAAGUUAUUUAUAAGGCGAAAAAUCCUAGCGAAUACGUUAGAAUACUAACCAGAAAUAGUUUCGGCCUGGAAACAAACUCAAUUUCUUUAUUUCUCAACAAUAAUGAUAUUAAAGUUUUAACUAAAAAUAAAGGAAUCUGGGUUGAAACGAACAAAUUGACACUUGACAUCUCAAAUAAAGAGUAUCUUGAAGAGAAUAUAUAUAGUGAAACUAGAACAAAUUGGUGUAAAAUACCAAAUAAUCAAAAUUUCAGAGGAAAGUGGAUUAAAAGAGCUUUUACUAACUACAAUAACAAGCAGAAUUAUGUAUUUAAUAAAAUUAUUGACUCGAUUGAUGAAAAAGGUAAAGAAAAUAUUAUUUGGGAGGCUAAAGAACCCUUACAAUUAGCUUUAUUCGUGUCAUUGUGUUUAUAUAAUAAUGGGCAAAAGUAUGUUGGAAUAAUCCACAAAAACUAUAACUAUUCAUUGCUAAAAUACACAAAUGAGAUCAAGAAAUGGGUCGAUAUUACUGAAUCGAAGAUGAAUUUGUCAAAAUUAAAGUUUUAUUUCGAUGAUGAAAAUGAUUCAAAGCAUAUACAAGACCAUGAUUUUGAAUAUUUCGUCGAUUUCUUUCGUAUGAAUUAUAACGUUAAUUUUGUAUUUCCUGAAAACGAUUGUGACAAUUCACUUCGUGGGAAACUCCCCCAAACUUUUCAAUAUAACCUCAUAGAUGAUACAAUGUGUAUCAAGUUUGAUAAACAUAAACCACUACCAAUUGAUCCAGCUAAAACAAAUAUUAAAAUCAAUGAUUCUAAUCAUUACAUAUCAAGGAAACGCAAAAUUUCUGAAUGUGAAACACAUUUUAGUGAAAAUCCAGAUUCUGUAGACCUUAGUGAUUAUAAUGAGGAUGAUCAGAGUUGUGAAACCGAAUCGGACAUAUUUUGUGAUAGCGAAGAUCCAUUUGAUAGUGAUUUUGGUGAGUAUAUUGAUGGAAACGAGAAUAGUUGUAGUGAUGAAAGUGAAGAUGAAAAUCAAUUUCAAAUCCCAGUGAUGUUGAAUAUUAAUAAUAAUAAGUUUGUCUCUGGGUACAAUCUUAAUAAGUGUGGUCAACUAACGAAUUUCUAUUGUAAUUCCUCUAAUUAUCGGUUCACUAAAAUUAUAGAUUUCGAAGAGGGAGAUAGCUCUACAACGGUAAUUUGGUCAGGAAACGACCCUGAUAACCGUAUUUUUAACGUGUUUGUUCUGAAUAUGUCUAGUAUCAAAUAUCUCAUGUUGCAUUCGCAAAUUUAUAAGUAUUUUUUAUAUAAAUGGUCUUCUGAGACCCAAACUUGGACUGAUUUAACUGAUAAAACUAUUAAAUCUACCGAUUUAGUGUUAUUUAAUGAGGAUGGAGAUCAAAUUGACUUGUUGAAUUGCGCCGUGGAUUUUGAAAAUUUUGGGCUCAGAAUUAAGACAGAAUUAGUAUGUCAUAAAAUAUCAUAUAAGGACGAGAAAUUGUGGAGUUUAAAUGAAGAAAAUGAAUCUGUAGGAUUGGACAUAAUUGUGAUUAAUGUAUUGAUUAAUAGGCUAAAUAUAUUUACCAAAAAUGGAAAAGUUAAAAGAUUUAACAUUUUUAAUGAUGAAAUCCGUUUAAUUUCACAGGAUGAAUCUACUUUUAAACAAGAUUAA